AGCCAGUUCAUUACCUACAAUGAGUGCACGAGAGGCAAAGUGCCCUAUAUUCAAGCUAACAUAACGUUAGUUUAAUCGGUUCGCAAUUAACCUAGCAAGGUUAUCUAGCUAGCUGUUAACUAGCGUUAACUUAGCAGACGUUUAUUAUUUAGUGUUAUUUGAGAUAUUCUGACUGUCUGUAUAUAACGUUUGCAAAUUAUGCCACAACCUGACUCUGCAUGUUUGGAGAAAGACGUGAUACUGAAAACUGCUACCCUUGAGGAGAGGGCACAAAUACACGGCGCCUUCCUCCAAAUUACAGUUCACAAUCUCAUUUGAAUAUGACAGAAGACUGGGAGCGAAAAACAACUGCUGUUAAAGACCGGCCUCAAGAGAGUUGGGAAAAAUGGCAAAAUCCAGGACCUAUACAGAGGAAGUACAGCCCAGCCACAUCAAGGCAUAAGAUGUACUUAGAUGAGAAGGAAGAUGACAUUUCGAUGGAUAAAUCAAUGGACAGAAUGGACAGUAUUUUUCCUCUAAAGCCUGUCUGCCACAAGAGGUCAUUUAACCUGAACAACUGCCAAGCAGACAACAAUUCUGUUAUACAAAAAGACCAAAGGAGACAUUAUCAUGUCCCCUGUUCAUCCCAAAGUAAACAGACCAAUAACAAGAGACAGGGGGUAAAUGAUCUGAGUAAAUUGGAGCUGUUUGAUUCCUGUGAUUCUGUAAGGGGUGAAACCAAUGGCAAGCCAACCAUUGGGUACCAGACAUUAUACAAGGACCAGGGCAGAGGUUCUGAAGAUCAGAUUGAGUUGACAAAGGAAAUACAUAAAAAGGAAAUUAUACUCCAAGAAAAACUGUUAAAGGCAGAGCAAGAGCUGAGGAAAGUUCAACUAAAAACUGCAUUUGUGGACAAAGUCAAAAGGGAGGAAAGGAGAAAGAGCAUUAAAAAAGAAGAAAACAGGUUAUACUGUAAUGAGAAAGGAAACUGGGAUUGGGAGAGUGCAAGAGAAAGGCCCUUAGGAGGCAGAAAAGAUGAAGGACAGAAGGAGCGAGUCCGAGAAAGAGACCGGGGGAUGGGCAACAAACACGAUAUAGAACAAUGGGAGAAGUGUGAGAGGGAGACAAACAUGGUCCCAAGAGAGAGAAGGAGAGAAGGUCUUCAGUGGGGAUACAGUGAAAAAAACAAAACCAGAGACUAUAAGAUUCAGGAAAAAUUCUGCAACAAUUCUAAGGAGAUAAAAGAGAAAUGGGAAAUAGGAAGAAAAAAUGAGACAAGGAGAGAAAAAGCAGUGGAAUGGAACUGGAAUGAUAUAAGAGAAUUGGAAAGGACAAAUUGGCAGGGGAAGGGAAGAGUGAAUAGUGAAGAAAACAGGAGGAGUGAAAGAUCAAAGGUUAAGAGAGACAUAGAGGAUGAGGAGGAGCAACAAUGGAAGAUAAUAGACAUGCUUAAGUCAAAUUCACAUGCAAAAGGGAAAGCAUUCUCCAAACAUGAACAAAUAAAUGGGCUUGAAUCAGAUCAUUGGCUAAGCCAAGAGAGGCUUUAUCAGCACAAUCAAAGGGCUGCAGAGGAAAUGACAUCAAAAAGCAUCAAAAAGGGUUUACCUAACGAGCCAUCCACUGAAGCAGCUCCGUGCUUUCCUCAGCUCAGCCAAAAGGUUAAAAGCCUCCAGCAAGUGGAAUUCAGUCCAGAAAACAGUUUCAGUGUUAAUAUACGUCUCAUACCCUGUAACAUAUGCCACAGACAGUUUAAAGAAGACCGUCUUGACAAGCACAGCAGUGUUUGUGAGAAAAUACAUCAAUCCAAACGUAAAACCUUUGACUCCUCAAAAUACAGGGCCAAAGGUACUGACCUGGAAAACUUCAUGAAGACAAAUGACCAGUGUAAGACACCAGAGCUCAAGAAGAAUAACUGGCGUCAAAAACAUGAGGCUUUCAUUCGUAAUCUUCGCCAGGUUCGCGGUCCUUCAACAGGAGACUUUCAGCCACAGUCAAGUUCAGAUCUGAACCCAGAUUAUAUAACCUGCCCCCACUGUGGCAGACACUUUGCCCCUGGUCCAGCAGAAAGACACAUUCCGAAGUGCCAGAACAUUAAGAGUAGACCUCCACCUCCUAGGCAUCGCCGUUAAAACUUGAUGGCACAAGUGAAAUCAUGACAUUUUACAACUUUUUCAUCUUUUAGAAUAAAAUUAUUUGAAUGAUGAAACAUUUGUCACUGGCAAUAGUGAAAACAUGCAAAAUAAAGUUACUGCAGAUCCCUUUGUAUCAAGAGUGACUAGAAAAAUGCUGCAUGUUGAUUUAUAAAUCUGAAAUACAACUAUGCUUAUUUGAUGGAAUUAAUAAACAUGUAAUUUGCAAAGGUAAUGUUUGCCAUAUGAAAUCUGCGAGCCUCAAGCUUAAGCACAUAACAUAGCUUACCCCAUACCUGUAUAUUAUAACUGCACACUAAGCACUUUCCACCAACACCUCAUCUUCCACAGCCUUAACAGUAAAAGCAUAUGAAUCACCAGGUUUACUAUUACAAAUUAUGUGGACAUGCAUAUAAGGACACCUUAUUUUUACUCUGGAGUGCUUUUAUUUAUAUAAUGCAUGCAGUACUCAUUUUAACUUUAAGCAGGUAUACAUAGAAUACAUAUUCAGUAAGCAUUGACCACCAAUUCUAUUGCAGUGCAAAUUUAGCAAUUUAGAAAACCAAUGAAAAUGGCCUGAAAAAUACUGAAAAGAAUUUUUUAAAAUGGCCAAAAAUGCAACGUUUUCAAAGCCUGCAUAUCUUAAUUUAGAAAUUAAAGAGGAACUUAAUCAGUGGCAUUAUUAUUAUUUUCUGUUUACAGGCAUACUUAAGAAUUAAUUUUGCACUGAACUGGUGUGACAUCUACUGUUUAUAAUUAAGAAGUGGAGUUUACAAAUACAGCUUGAAAGUAAAUCCUCUAUUUGGUAUACAUCAAUAGAAAAAAAA